AUGAACCACUACUUCGAGUGCGGCGGCAUCGCCUACAAGAUUAUUCCCCUCACCCUCCUCAACGAAACCGACCGAACCACAGAACCCAAAUUCACAGUUACCUGUCAAUCAGUCUCCUUGCUAGAAUUCUUCCUAAUCGUCGCAUUGCUCGUCCUCCUCCUCAGUAUCCCAGGCCUCUUCGAAAUCUUUCAGCGGAGGAUGCCCUUUACCUAUGCCUGGAUCACCACCGUCCUCUGCAACAUUCUCGUCUUAAUCCAUAACCUAUUCAAUCGACAGGACCCUGCCGAGUAUUGGCCAUUGCCGAAACGGGAGUGGUGCUUCGGACACGGCGACGACGACGACGACGGAGAUGUUGCCGAUGCAUGGACGGAAUUUCCAUUCGUGGCUGUCAACAGAUUCUUCGUUCGUUCAUAA